ACUAAGCGAGCAAAAGUUGACGGUGUUUUUGUUCGCUUUCGGCAGCAGCAGCAACCGGUGAAACCGAAGUAGGAUAUUCUUGCUCAUUGAAAAAAGCUUGAUUGACGAAAUUACCCUUGAAAAUUUCCUUAAUUACCUACAGACAACUCACUCUCACCGAGUCAGUCGAUCUUCUCUCUUUUUUUUUUUUUUCAUUUCUUUCACCCAACCAAGGCAAAGAAAGAUUCCCACUCAAUAAUGCUCUGCAAAAUGGUAAUGGCGUCCCGAAAAAAGAAGAGCGGCUCGGUUCCGGUUUAUUUGAACGUCUACGAUUUGACUCCGAUUAACGGCUACGCCUACUGGCUCGGACUCGGGAUCUACCAUUCCGGGGUUCAGGUUCAUGGAGUUGAAUACGGGUUUGGAGCUCAUGACCACUCAACGACUGGGAUUUUUGAGGUGGAGCCAAGGAUGUGUCCUGGUUUCACGUUUAGGAAGUCGAUUUUGAUUGGAAGAACAGAUCUUGGGCCGAAAGAAGUCCGUACGUUUAUGGAGAAACUAGCUGAAGAUUACUCUGGUAACACUUAUCACCUCAUCACUAAGAACUGCAAUCACUUUUGCAACGAUGUUUGUCUCAAGUUAACUAAGAAGCCAAUCCCUCGCUGGGUCAAUCGUCUUGCUCGACUGGGUUUCUUCUGCAACUGUGUACUUCCGGCAGGAUUGAAUGAAACAAAAGUCCGGCAAGUUAGAUCAGAUGUUAGGGUUAUAGAGGGAGAUAAGAAGAAAUUGAGAAGCCAUUCGAGUAGAUACAUAGCUUCUUCUGAUCCUCUUUCUGGUCAACCAUUGUCAUCUUGUCCUUCAGGUUCUGGGAUCAGAAUUAAUAGUAGACAAAGACGGUGUAUUCCUUCAUCUUCGACUUUGGUUCAUAGUUCCUCAACUUCUACCUUAAGCUUGAAGCUUUAAUUACAGUUUCACUAAUCAAUGACAAAUGGGGAAGAAUCCUGAAUGUUAAUUUCACCCCAUUGUGUUAUCCAGUCAUGCCAAUCUUCUUUUAUGGAUGUUGAAACAGCUACUGGAAAACUUGAGCAGUGUUUCGGUUUUCUGUAAGAAAAAAAAAAGCCUCCUAUUCAAUAGCAUAUUUAUGUUUUUGAAGUUUCUGGUUUCUGAAUUGAGCUGCAAGAUUAGAAAAAUCAGUUGGAUGGCCAUUGAUUGAAUGUCAUUAUGAAGGGACCAGGGUGAAGAAGAAUAAUGAAGUUCAACUGAGGAUUAUUAGUUGCGGACAUGUCUUGUGCCAGUAGGCCUGGCUGGGGACCUUGUUUACUUUGUAAUUAUGAAUUGGACCCUAUUUGCUUUGAUUGUACUAAAUAGAAGAUAAUAUAUUAAACUUAUUAAGGA